AUGUCCGAGACUUACAGUAUUAAGACCAAAUCAGCUCAUCCAAACUCCAUCCACUUUGUACUCAGCCCCGGUCAUGAAAAUUGCUUCCUCGCCGAGAAGAAAAGUGAUGACCGUGGCAACUUCAACUGGCUCUGCCUGGCGCUUCCGUGCUGUCUUUUGCAAGCCACGCUUGACAUUCUCUGGGUAUUUGCCCAGUCUCCUGGCGGUGGUCUGGAUCCAUUCAUUCACCGAUUUGCUAUUGCGCACGCCGAUAACCGUGGGCAUACGCUUGUCCUAUUUGCCGCUAUUUGGCAGGGACUGAGUAGCUGUCUUCAGGGAUUUCUCGUUUACAUCCGUCAGAGAGAUGGCUGCGCCACGACUUGCGAGAAGCUUUGCUGUUAUCAAGCCAUUCCAGAGGCUUCGCUGGUGAUGGCAACGUAG